AUGCACUUGCACGAGGCGUCAUGCUUCGUCACGUGCCCUGCAGGCUCCUACGAGCAGGGCGGCACCUGCCACCCAUGCCACGUCUCUUGCUUCGAGUGUCGGGGACCCGACGCCCAUCACUGCACGUCUUGCUCCAGCGCCCUGGUGCUGGUGCUGGAGGACGACUCCAGUGAGGGCCGCUGUGUCUCUAGCUGUCCCCGCAACUUCGUUACUCAUGACAACAUUUGUUUCGGGUCCAAUUCGUGCUCGAACUACUCGAGCUCCUUGCCUUACGAGUGUCAGGAGUGCGCGCCGGGCUGGGUGAUGCUUGGUGACGCCUGCGUCAGCGAGUGCCCACCAGGCUAUCAUGAGAAGGAGGGAGCUUGUCUGGCUUGCGACGCCCGCUGCGCGACGUGUUCCGGUGACGGCCGGUAUGCAUGCACCGCUUGUCCGCCGCUCGCGACGAUCUUCCGACGACCGUCCGACCCGACAGCCACGACGUGCCUCACCAAAUGCCGCGAGCGCCACUACCUCGCUCCUGAUCUCACCUGCCUUCCUUGUCACUCGAGCUGCGACGCUUGCGUAGCUUCCGUCGCCUCCCUCUCGCCGCACUCGACGCCCUCCUCUCGAUGCGUCGAGUGCAAGGACAACCGUUCGCUGCUGCAGGACGACCAUUGUGUCCAGCGCUGCUCGCCAGGUUUCUAUGAGAGCUCCCUGGGUUACCAGCAAAAUUCUGUUGCGUCUGACGUUGGCUUCGUUUACGCUUCUCGCGGUACCUGCGAGCGCUGCCACUUCACUUGCGAGGAAUGCGAUGGACCUGGACCUUUCCGGUGCACCAAGUGCAAACCGGGCCUCCAUCUUACGAUGCACAACUCGUGUUCGGAAGAAGGUUGCGACGUCGGUUUCUUCAAGUCUUCGGAUGGUACCUGCGAGCAAUGCUCAGCCAGCUGCCUCGGUUGCGUGGGGGACUCGACUUCUUGCAUCUCCUGCAAGCGCGGCAAAUUCUUCCUGCAAGGACAAUGUGUCUUAAACUGCGGGGUUAAAUACUACCUAAACAAUACCGUCACGGUGCCCCUUGAGAACGCCCCUUAUUAUACCGCGUCUGAAGGCGUGUGCGAAGAAUGUCACUACUCCUGCAGCGGGUGCCUCGGACCCAGCCCUAGGGACUGCCUUGAGUGCGCCCCAGGAAGCCUUAGAGAAGACAACACCUGCGUCAGGUCCUGCUCGCCCGGCUUUUACGCGUCUCCGGAGACAAGACAGUGCGUGCGCUGUCCAUCAGGCUGUCGUCAGUGCAUCAGGGGUGACACUGCUGACACCGUCGUAUGCCACUCUUGCCUGCCUCCCUACCUUCUCUCCGACGGCCGCUGCCUUACAGACUGCCCGGACGGCACCACUGUCAACCUCUGGGACCAAGCUUGUGCUAGAUGCACUGAAAACUGCCUGAUGUGUUCUGAAUACAAGUGCCUGGAAUGCGAGGAGUCGUACUUCGUACAGAACGGUUUGUGUGUCAUGGCCUGUAGUGAGAACUACCACGUCAUCGCGCGCAACGUGUCAACAUGCGCAAGUAACGUUUAUCAGCCCAUCAUGAACUUGUUGAGUCCGUUGGUCGUUGAAUAUGGAGGUCCUCGAGUCUUCAAUUCAUCAGUUAUCCACAUAUUUGAUCGAGACACUGACGAGGAAGAUUUAAUUAUUACUGUAAAAGCUGAACCGGCAAAUGGAUAUUUAUACAGAGUAGGCAAAGGUAUCCACAGUGUUCUGCACAACGAUUCGAAGUUCUCAGCAAAGGAUUUGAGAGAAGGUCGUAUAAUAUUUCAGCAUCAAAGAGGUUCAUCUUUUUAUGGAGAGAUGACUUUAGAACUUUACGAUGGUAAGUUCACGACGAACCCAACAAUUGUAUCUAUCAACGUUGUGUCUUCUUACAAACCUCAUGUGGUGGUCAAUGAACCGCUGAUUGUACGACGUGGAGGAAAAGCCACUGUCACCAAAGAUAUUUUGCGUCUCAUAGAUCAGGACAGCCCAGAAGCCGUUAAUGUCCGUGUUCGGGAUGGUCCUGAAUAUGGAAGACUCACUAUCGACGACGAAGACCUUGCUCUAUUCAGCCUUGAGGAAUUGUCUAACAAUGCAGUGAUCUACAUAAAUAGCGAGCCAAGUGUAAAGUCCGUUCCGGUAGUUAGCGAUCAAGUCUUGCUACAAGCCAACGAUGGCCAUAAUGUCGUUAACUUUAGACUUCAUAUUCUUUUCGUCGAUCAGAACAGGCCAGCUCCUAUCAUGAUUACUAAUAAAGGAAUAACAAUCGCCAAGGGGCAACGCAAGCAAAUCACUCCAGACGUUCUUCGAGUGCGUGACGUAGAUUCCAGGGACGAAACUUUGAUCUACAGCGUUGUCCCUGCCGCCUCCGGCGAACGCGCUACUGGUGAGUUUGUGUUGGUGAUUCCUCUUCCUCCGGUGGCCGCUGGAUUCUAUAACGACGGUUGGAUCCAAAUGGACGAGUCGCAUUUAUUGCGCCCAACCAUGAGCUUCUCCCAACGUGACUUGAACGAAGGCAGAGUUUGGUAUGUAACUUCUGACACAAAAAAUGUCAAAGUCGAACCCACGAAAGGAUACGCCUAUCCUGACUCCUCGGACCGACGCGGCGCACAUUAUGAAUAUGGUUCUGGUUUAGAAGCGUCAACGGACUCGGCGUACUCUGAAGUUAUUUUGUUCUCAGUUUCCGACUCCUCUGAGCCUCCGAAUGUAUUGCAAGACCAAACCUUCGUGGUGCACAUCGAGGAGCCCGCCGCCGCUCUGGUCGUCAAUGACACCAAAAAAGAAAAUGACCUUCAAUUUGAGGUUUACGAGGGCCAAGCUCUAACCUUUACUUCGGCCGAACUGAAUUUUUACCCUGGCUCGACGGUGUCCAAGCAUCAAAUCCUGUACUCCAUCACGAGGCCGCUGGGGCCUGAUGAAGGCGUUCUCUUCCACAUCGACUCCCCGGGCCUUGAACUCCGAGAAUUCACACAAUUCGACGUGGACAGUCUUAAGAUUAUUUACCUGCCGCCUUUCGCGAGUAUCGGACCUUCUGAGAAAGUGUACAGCUUCAAAUUCAAAGUUUCAGACGGUUCUGCAGGCAACGACUUAGCAGGUCGUCCGGAGCACAAGAUCAACAUCCGCGUUAUUCCUAAAGUUGCGGAGGAAAUUUCUUUUGCCGAACCUGAUCCCACUCUGCUCGUUGCUGCUCACGGCAGCGUGGAGCUCGGUCCCAGCGUGUUCCAGCUGGCAGACGACGGCGUGGACGAGCGGGUGUUCUUCGUGCUGCAGGAACCGCCUCAGCACGGCCGCCUCGUCAUCACGCCCUUCACCAGCGGCGGGUCGUUGGCUGAUGUUCCCUUCACUAAGGGUUCGAAUAAAUUAGAUUUAACAUGUUCCAUCAAAAUUAGAACAUAUCAGAUAUUUUAA